UGGAUCCUGAUGUGGUAGUAUAACACCAUGAAAGCAGAAGUCGGAUAUAAAAUCUGUUGAAAACACCCUUUUGCAUUCUCAUCGUGAUAACUUUUAGAAAAUGGAUGGUAUCCUUGUAGUCAGCGUACUGAUGACAAUCCUGCAUUCAAGGGUUCAAGCGACAUUAAAUGACACUAUCGAGUUGUCAUUUUCUUCUUUGUCACACAGGAAUAAAAGAUAUAACAGUGAUCCUUUCAAUAUCUUCAAAAACGUUGGUGUUUUGCACUGUGCUAAGUACUGUCUACAGCGAAGUAUGUGCCAAUCAUUCGGCCAGGAAGGUGAUGUUUGCAGUUUGUUUGAAACUCAACUUGUAAAUCAAUUAGAAACUAAUGCGGGGUCACUGUUCAGCACCAAAUCUGAAAUCGAACAUUUCUUUUCUCAGAAUGAGCUGAAUGUUUGUGGAAAUGUUACUUGUCCUAUUGGAACUAUCUGCAUACAGACUAUAAACCAUAAUACUGCUUGUGUAUUUACAGAUUGCCCUAAUCUACCUGAAAAACCUAGGAACAGUUAUCUGCCACCUAUUGUAACAAGAGAGGUUGGUAAAUCCCUGUUAUUACAAUGUGAUUUUCGACCAGUUGGAAAUGCAAGCAUUACUUGUCAAACAGACGGUAACUGGACUAUACCAAACUUUAAUUGUAUUGACGAAUGUGUUUCACCACCUACAUCGAGCUCAAUGACGAACGAUGCGAAUGCAACAGCCAUUGGAACGAUAAUCACUUACACAUGUAAUCUACCCAGUUUUGGUAAUACAUCUAUAAUCUGUCGAGGCAAUGCUACAUGGUCCGAACUUGACGAAGAUGUGUGUUAUUAUGAAUGUGUUUCACCACCUACAUCGAGCUCAAUGACGAACGAUGCGAAUGCAACAGCCAUUGGAACGAUAAUCACUUACACAUGUAAUCUACCCAGUUUUGGUAAUACAUCUAUAAUCUGUCGAGGCAAUGCUACAUGGUCCGAACUUGACGAAGAUGUGUGUUAUUAUGAAUGUGUUUCACCACCUACAUCGAGCUCAAUGACGAACGAUGCGAAUGCAACAGCCAUUGGAACAAUAAUCACUUACACAUGUAAUCUACCCAGAUUUGGUAAUACAUCUAUAAUCUGUCGAGGCAAUGCUACAUGGUCCGAACUUGACGAAGAUGUGUGUUAUUAUGGUAAAAACUGCUUUGAUACUAUGCUGUUGGGUGGUAACAUAACAUCAAAUAUUAUAAUUGCUCCUCGACCAAAUUCACAAGUUGAAGUUACAUGUAAGGAAGAAGGGGGACUGACCUAUACUAUAAUACCUCAUGACCUACAACCAGACAUGAUAUUAAAUGGUACUACAGAGGUAACAUUGGUUUACACCAUCACUCAAGACACUACAGAAUCAAUAAUAUCACAGUCUCAAACAUGUAGACAAUAUGUAGAAUACAGGUGCUUUAAUAGCAGUAUACACGUCAACGGUGUACUAAAAGCAGCAUUCUAUACCCGGCAUCAUAACCGUGCUGAUUAUUUUCCCGGUGGUACACCGGGGGAAGGUAAUUGUGCUUGUGGUGUCAACAAGGUCUGCAAUGGUACUUCUCCGUUAUGUAACUGUGAUUCCAAUGACGAAAUAUGGCGAAUUGAUGAUGGUUAUGUCAGAAACAAAGGUGAUUUGCCGAUUACCAAGUUCGAAUUUGACCUUGAGGCUAAAGUAUCAUACGUCACCAUUGAUGGUCUAGAAUGUGAAGGAUCGGUCUAAUAUGGCAACAUCUGACAAAUUUGCCUAUAGUUAUUAUUUAACUGGCUAUUUGCUGACAUUUACGUUGCUCAAACAAUAUAUGUUCUUUGACCAGGUUAUUCCAACCGUUUUGUGUGCGCUAUUGUUGACGAUGCUGAAUAUUGUGAUGCAGAUGUUUUUCCAUACUUUAUCAAGAUUACAUAUUUUUUUCUGCCAUUGACCCAGUAUAACUGAUGUACGGGUUUGACUUCUGCUAAAUACUUCGGCUCUUGAUGAAUACAUUUUAUUAAAGAGAGCUGAAGACAUCUUUUCUCCAACUACAACUCAACUUUUUGUUUCCAUUCCUUUAUAAAGUGUAUAUAAUAAAGGUGGUUAUUUCUC